UCCGGUUUCUGAUUGGUACGAAGCGGCAGUGAAUUGAUUGAAACGGGAGGUCCAAUUCCUACCGAGUUGCUCCUUGUUUUUCUCUCCUUCCACGCUCGCGCUGUAUUAUGUUCCACAUUUAUUUAUUAUUUAUUUUUAUUAAUAAUUUUUUGGUAGAACCACGGUUAUUAUUUUGCUCCCUCACGAUUUCUUUACUGAUUCAUUUAUAUAUACUUGAUCCUCUCCCAUUUCUACUCCUCGUUCCUCCAUUGACAAUCCGUCUCCUUUAUUCCUUCUUCUCUUCCUCUUCAUCUCCCCUUCUUCCGUUCCUCGAACACGAAUUUAGAGCUUGAGAUCUAGCAGCAACACCACGUACGGCUUGGGGUUGCUGGCUUCUUUCUGGAUCCUUCGGGUUCCCAAGUUACAAAAAGAGAAAUGCGGACAAGAACAAACGGGAGGAUGGCACAGACGGUGGCAGCGUCUAGUCCGGUGAAGGAAGAGAAGGUGGAGGUGGAGAAAUGGGAGGUGAGGCCCGGCGGGAUGUUGGUUCAGAUGCGCAAUGCAUACGGCGAUGCUGUCGGCACACCUGUCCCCUCCAUCCGCGUCAAGGUCAAAUUCUGUGCCACCUACCACGAGAUUAAUAUCAGUGCUCAAGCCACCUUCGGAGAGAUGAAGAAGGUGCUAUCGGCCAAGACGGGGCUGCAUCCGUUAGACAUGAAGCUGAUGUAUAAAAAAAAGGAGAGGGCAUCGGUGACUUUUCUCGAUACUGUCGGUGUCAAGGACGGGUCUAACAUACUGUUGCUGGAGGAUCCGAUGGCGAAGGCAAAGCGUCUUCUCGAGAUGCGCAAAACUGACAAAAUUGACAAGGCCGCAAAGUCCGUCUCUGCAAUCCGCCACGAGGUCGACCGGCUCGCCUCCAAGGUGACGGCGCUGGAGGAGAUUGCGAACAAAGGCGAACGAAUCGUGGUGAAUGACGUCUCCAAUCUCAUCGAUUGCCUGAUGAAUGAGCUGAUUAAGAUGGAGGCCAUCGACGCCGACGGAGACGUGAAUCAGCAGAAGAGUCUGCAGAUUAAGAGAGUGCAGAAAUACGUGGAAAUGCUCGACUUGAUCAAGAUCCACAACGUUCGACUGAACAAAGAGAAGCCCCUGUCUCCACCGCGGACACUCCAUCCUUCACACCAGCGUCCGACGCAGCCCGUCCAAGAGCAGCAACCAUUUCUGCAUUCUAUUCAGCCCCAAUACCAGCAACAAAUGCAGCAAUCUUGCAACCCUUUUCUACAGCAAAAUCACCAGCAGCAACAUCCGGCUCGUUCUCAUUCAGAGUUCUGGGAACCGUUCGACCUAUUGACGCCGUCCCCCUCCACGGCCCACGCAAGCUUCCAUUGGGAGCUGUUCUGAGUUACUGAUAACGUUGGAAUAUUCAACAAUGCAGUGAUUGCUUUGUCGAGUUCUGGACACCAGAUUCUGCUCUACUAGUAAUUACGUAUUCUUUGUGUGUGUCUCUGUACAACAGGGAAGGAAUUCAUUCAGCUAUCUAUCCAUGGCAAAUAAAUGGAUGCGCUGAAUGAUCUUUGUUGAGUUCUGUCUAUCGUUUGAAGGGUACAUAGCGGGUCACUUGGCUUCCUUUUCAGACUGCAUGCAAUGGUUAUUGGAUUUUACAUUUGAGAUUGCGCGAGUGAUGGGCGGGUUGAUGCAAUUGAAUGGAUGUUGCCUCUCCCGUUGACUAUGUUGUAUGCUAAUCAUUUAGCAUAUGAUGCAGGGCUGGACCUUAAAUAUAUUUCUUAGUUGUUGGGCUUUCGUGCACACA